AUGUAUCGGCUGGAAGCGGCCACCUGCUUCUCACUGGUCUUCUCCGCGAUGACUUCGGUUCAUCUGGGCACUGUGGACGCCCUGAUUCAGGCCAGGUGCCGUCCUGAGUACCGGAACCUCCCGAGCGGCGUCACACACACGGCCUGCAAGGGACCCAACCCGCGCUGCACGCUCGACAGGGCGCUCACUGGGUUGAGCCCGCAGGUCAAGCAGCAGGCGCUGCAGGUGCACAACGACUACCGCUCCCAGGUCGCACAGGGCCGACUGCCGAAUUACCCGCCGGCGAAGAACAUGUACGAACUGGAGUGGGACGACGAGAUCGCCGAGGUAGCGCAGGCUUUCGCCGAACAGUGCGACUACAGCAACCACGACCACCGCGAAGCCCGAAUUACGAGUAGGUUCAAAGCAGUGGGACAGUGCUUCGGCUGGGCUGUCGACCCGGUCAGGCAGACUGUCACCGAGGGCAAGACAUGGAUCGACGACUGGUUUAUUGAGUACCGCGACUUCAACCCGAACUCGGUCGCUCCCUUCGAUACCAGUACCUCCACGGGCGUCGUAACUCAUUUUACGCAGGCCUCGUCAGAGUAA